AUGGAGCCUGCUCUUCCUUUGAAGAUGGACCUUGAUAGACCGAUUCUUCCUCGGUAUGGAAUGUUAGAUCAGUAUCAUUAUGAAAUAAUUCCUUUGAAUUCCGAUGCUUACUCUGCCAUUAGAUAUGAGAAUAGACCAACUGGCCCAAUUCCCUCGUUGAUGCUUGACCUUGAAGUCUACACAGGAGCUAUAGAUGAUUUUGAUUUUGAGGAUUACUUGAAUGUAUCUACUCCGCAGAUCCUCGAGAAUCCAAGAUGCUCAAACCAGUUGACUUCCACCACCACGUCAUGGAAGUUGGGGUUAGUCUCUCCAAAGGCCCAGCUUAACCAAGUUCCUUGUAGGUCAAAACAGUUUAUACUUUAUAAUGCCAUCAAAGUAUUGAAACUGGACUCUACUUGUAUGUUUGUGCAGCCUAACGCUGGGGAAAUGAUCCUUGCAGCGCCGUCAUCAAGUUCAGGGACCAAAACUCUUGUCGAAAGCUUCAACAAUAAGUCUGCGGAAACAGAGCCUAGUGAUGUGAAGUUAGGGCUGGACUUGGUGAGCUCUAUGAAGGAAGAGCUUGACCUCGGUAGAAACGCACCGAAGUACUUCAGAGUAGACUUCUCCCCGAAAGACCACACUGUCUGUCUCGAGUUUGGAAUUCUUAGUAGAGAGUUUAAUAGGGCACAUCUUAGAGAUGGUGACAAGGAAAAGUUUACUCUUAAAAAUGUUCAUAAAAGCAAGCAAGGUGAAGAGGCAUCUUUACCUACGCUCAUAAACCUGAACAAAAGAGACAUUAACUGA